CACGUUGCUCAAUAUCAUGUAAUUUAGUAGUCUUAGUUCAUUUUAGUGAAGGUGUAUUCUCACAAUUUGUCGAGUAGCUGUCGGUCAUCAAUUAAUGUAUUGUGGAUAAAAAUCGUAGUGAAUCACAACAAGAAUCAAUUUGUUCAUUUCCUGCAUCGCAAUAAGUGAACAAAAAAUGGCUGAACGAGAACCAAUAAGCGGCUCAGCUCGCGACUACGGAGCCACCGCUGCGGUACCCAACGUUGGUUUCGCGGACUUCAGCCCCACUGAGCUGUAUAACUUGAGCGAGGGUAUCGCAGACAAUGUGAAUACCAUCAACAGUGGGUUGCGGUCGCUGGAGAAGAUGAUGAAGCAGAUUGGAGGGCCUAAUGAUAAUGUACAGCUGAGGGAGAAAAUCCAUGACACACAACAGACAGUGAACGGUUCCGUAUCAGCUACAGCCCGUGACAUACAGCGCUUGGGCGUGGUAGUGCGUCGGGGCGACAAGCCGCAGAAGCUGCAGGUUGAGAGGCUCACACAGGCCUUUAGGGAUGCACUGGCUAAAUACUCUUCGGUGCAGAAGCAAGUAUCAGAAAAGAUGGCGGCUCACAUGCCGCGGCCGCCGCGUGUGCGCAACGACCCGCAGCUGAUGGAGCAGCAAGCCAUCGCUGAUGACGAAGAGGCCACGCUCAUUGCUAACCAGCAGGCACAGGCGCGUCUAGUACAAUUCGAGACGAGCAUGCUGCUUGAGAAAGAGGCGUACAUUAACAAGAUAGAAGCCGAUGUGUUGGAUGUUAACCAGAUCAUACAGGAGUUAGCUGACAUGGUCAAUCAACAGGCUCAGUCUGUUGACACAGUAGAAAGCCAUAUUGAAGCCGCCAGCGCGAACGUGGAAGCCGGUGUCGACGAACUAGCGAAAGCCGCCGAGUACCAACGUCGGUACCGCAAGAAAAUGUUCAUACUCAUCAUUAUCGCUGUCAUUGUAGCCAUCGUCUUCAUCGUAUGGGUUAUUAAGGCUUUGAGAUAGGCUUUCAAACUUCAAACAGUAUUAUUAUCCGGAUUUGUAAAGGGUAAGUGUGCCCAGAAGUUUGUGUCUAAUUUAUGAUAGGAUUUGAAGCCCCAGUGGACGAUGUAACGAAUUUAAUGAGGGUAGUUGAUAGUUUGCGUUUUAGGCGGAAUUUGCACUUGAAAGGUGACAUAAUAAUCUAACAGAAAUAGUUAACCCGAUAAUACAUGAAAAUAAUGCUUAUGGGUACAAUGAAAAAAAAGCAGAGCGUAAAAUCACUUGUCUUCAAUUCUGAAAUAUUCCAUAAUAUUGUCUUACAAAAUUUUCCCACUGUUAGGACAAACUAGUAUUUUGGAAAUGCAACUUACAAGUGUAAAAUCAGCCUAAGCCAAUAUUAAUUCUCACUGAACACGAUAAAAUACUUAGGUACUAUGAAAUAUCUUUUACCUACCAUGUUUCCAAACGUAAAAGGCAAACCAGCCUUUCAAAAUACUACAUGGGGUUCAAAAGAUCUGAAAAGUGGAGGAUUGUCUAUAUAUUAUGUAGCCUUAUUAUGUCUUCCGACUGACAUAAAUACACAACACCAUUAUAACAUCGACUAUAAAGCAUAAAAAAACUAAACACAUAUAUGUUUUACUAGCUUCUGCCAGCGGUUUCACCCGCAUCCCGUGGGAACUACUUCCCGUACCGGGAUAAAAAGUAGCCUAUAGCCUUCCUCGAUAAAUGGGCUAUCUAACACUGAAAGAAAUUUUCAAAUCGGACCAGUAGUUCCUGAGAUUAGCGCGUUCAAACAAACAAACAAACUCUUCAGCUUUAUAAUAUUAGUAUAGAUGUAUAAAUGUUUUAAGGAUUAUAUAAAAUAUCCUUUCAAAAACGUUAUGCACUAGUUCUUUCCCACAUUUUAACUUGUAAAAAGGAAGAUGCUAGUUUGUAUUUUAGGUUUCAAUCUGUCUUCAAACAGAAUUUCAUCUACCGAUUGGUUGGACGGUUUUACUGCAAAAGCGACAUAUAUUUUAAUUUAUAUCUUUAUAAGUCUCUAAAUUAAAGUGUAAAAGCUAAACUUAAUCAUAAAAUUCUGAUUUUGAGGUUGUUGCUAAGUUUAUAUGUGGCAACAUUUUAUAUUCUUGCCAUCACAAAAAAAUACCAAUAUUCUGAUAUUUUGUGUCACAUGUACAAAUAAUACUAAACUAAGCCCAUAAUUCAGUUGUAACAGAUGUAGAAAAAUAUUUAAAAGGCCAACAUAUAAAUUUCUGAAAAUAAAUUUUAAUUAGUAAUUUAGGCAAAAUAUUAUCUAGGGUUUAAUUUUAAUAUUUUAACGCUGAAUAACUAAACUGUGAUUAUUUAUUAUGUUUUUGUUUACACAUUAUGAAAAUUACCUAGUUUAUUUAGUUCUUAUUUACACACAAAAAUCUAGUUUAUUUAACUCUUGACACGUUAUUAUAUCUACUUACUUUGUCACAGUAUUGGUAGCUAAGUUUGUAUGUUUUAAGUUUAUACAUAUAACAAUUAACUACGAAAUACUGAAACGUUACUAAACUUUAAGUCUUGCUUUAAAAUCUUUCGAAUCAGUUUAUUUAAGUAUGACAAUGAUAGAAAGAUUCUUAAGCAGCACUUAAAAUUAAGUGAAUUUUCAGUGUUCGGCCAAUAGUGUCAUUAUUAUUACGAAUAAGGUUCCGAAAAUUGUAUGUUUUUAACUGUAGCAUUAGCAAAAAUAUAAAAAGGUUCUCCCUGUCUUAUGCCCCGGGAAUAAAUUAUGGUCUAUAUAGUAAUAACAACUGAAAAUAACUCAUUAGAUAGCAAUAAAGAUAACUAUAAUAAUUAUUUAUGGAUACCUACAUUUACUACUUAAUAUAAUCCCUAUUACUCAUAAAAUAUUGAAAUACCUAUCUAAUGAGAAUAUUUUUACGCCAAUGUCUAUGAUUCAUAUUUUCCUUAUCCACUUAAAAAAAAUAUAUUUUAUUCUAGCGUACGGGUUUGUUAAUAAAAAAAACUGUAGUAACCGCUGUGUAUAAGGCCUUAUGUAAUGUAGAGAUAUAUAAUUGUGUUAUUUAUGUAUUGUACUAAUAGUAGUUAGGAAUUUUAUAGUAGGUAAUAUUAUUAAUCAAUUUCUGUCAAGCUCUUUUUUGUGGACAUUCCAAAGAUUUUUCACACAGUAACUUAUGACACACACGCAAACACAGGAGUCACUAACCAAACUGUAUGAAAUAACGAAAAUAAUAGAUUCCUCAGUUAAGAAAACUCAAGAUUAUAAUGAAAAUAACUUAGCAAGCCAUUUCUAACGAAGGUUGAAUUUCUUAACAGAGUAAACUGGCAAUUCAAAAUGUCACACAGUUUUAAAUAAUGUUGCCAAGUUAUAAAACAAAUUGUGAUUAGGUUGUAUUUUAUUCGUAUAUCGACGUACCUGUUCUAAAUUAAAAAAAAAAAAAACUAAGUAACCUAUUUUACCUUCACUAUUUAAGCAAGUAUUGCACGAAAUAUAGUUUCGAAGCAUCAAUAAUUUCACUUGCUAUUCUGAAAAAGAACAAUAAAUAUAGUUUUUAUCACCUGUAUAUAUAAAUGUAACUUAUAAACUUUAAUAUAUUAUUAUAAUAUUAUUUUAGUAGGCAAGAAGGCUGUUUAACUACUAACUGCACAUAGUUUCAUUUUAUUGUUUUACUUUUGUUAAAAGCAUUAUUUUGAAAUCGAAAUGACACUUGGUAACAUCACUAUGUUAUCGAUAAACUCAGCAACUUACUCAUGGUAUGCAUAUGAAAUAUCGAUGCUUUUGACAAAAGAUUUGUAAGUAUAUCAUUAACGUAUAUUUUGUUGAAUUUGUAAAACAUAUUUAUAUUAAAUCUUUGUCAGAAA